AUGGUCAUACGCGCCCCGAUGCCCUCGAUGGACGACGUGGGCGACCCUUCCGACUGGCCGGCGGGCUGCGAGGUCGUCAAGGCCCUAGACAGCAGCCUCCGAUGCGACCUUUGCUUUGACAUCUACACGGCUCCCGUCAGCUUCAAGACCUGCUCGCACACCUUCUGCUCGACGUGCAUACGCACACAUAUCAACCAGCCCGGCAGCGCGGGCGCCUUUUGCCCAAAGUGCCGCCAGAACAAGGCCUACGACUCGGAGCUCUUCCCCGUCACUGCCCUCGAGACGACCGCCGAGAGCUGGCGCAAGAUGCGGCCGUUUGUCAUGCAGCUCUGGACAAAGGCACAGGACGCGACCAGGGAAGCAGAGAGGCUGCGAUCGCAUCAGAACCAGAUGGCGAGCGGAAGCCUGAGCCGGAGACCGUCUGAGCCCAACGGCAAGAGGAAGGCGGAGGACGACCUCGAAGAUGCUGCCAUCGCCGAUGGAGCAGACCACGGCGCCGACCAACCGCCGAGAAGAUCGACACGGGCGCGCACGCUCCGCCAUCCACCCUCGGCGUCAAACGUGGGCGCCUCGGCAGACAGCGCCUACAUCCUCUCCGACGACGAUGACGAGGCAGGCGAUGCGUCCUACCAGGAAGAGAGCAGCGCCGCACCAGACAAGGACAUCCACGACCUCAAGAGCGACGACCAGGUUGCCUGCCCCAUCUGUGAGCACCACUUCACCGUCGCUGCGCUCAACGCCCACCUCGACAAGAACAAGUGCUACCCAGGAUGCCCGCCACCGCCGAUACAGGAGCGCGGAAUGGCACCCAAGCCCAAGGCGCAGGGCACACCGAACUCUGCCGCAUGGUUCUCAAAGGCCAGCGCGGGCAACUCCAACAGCGAUGCCUCUGGCCCUGCGGCCACGGCCAAGCGCCUCCAUCGGCCACAGUACCAGCUCAAGUCGGAGCGGGACCUGCGCAAGCUGCUCGAGUCGCUAGGGCUGCCCACCACGGGGGACAAGGAGAAGCUGGCGGAGCGGCAUCGGCAAUACGUCAAUCUGUACAACGCCAACCUCGACGCGGCGCCCGCCAACCGCCGAAGCGAGGGCAAGCUGAGGAGGGAGCUGCUCGAGUGGGAGCGGGCGCGGGAUGCAAAGGGCAGCGCCAUCACGGACAAGAAGAGCUCGAGCUGGCUGGCCGACAACAAGGCGCAGUACAACGAUCUGAUUGCACAGGCGCGCGAGACGGCCAUGCGGGAUCGGCAACGGCGUAACAAGAAGCCCACGCCUCCACCAGCAGCUCCGGCGGACCUCGAUGCUACCGAAGCUGCUCCGGCGCCACAGUCGGACGCAGAUGCGGCCGCUGCAUCUUUAGACGGACCAGGAGAGCCGAGGUCGUCCUCGUCGCUCACGCAGCUCGGCGACGACUCCGGCGACAGUGCGAGUCGACGGAGGCUGCAGAGCGACAAAGAAGAAGGUAUCGAGGCGCGAUGA